UGGCUGCCAAUGUUUACAAUUAGAGAUUUACUAAUUUAUUUUCGGGUAAUCUGGGAAAAUGCUUCAAAAUGUGUGCCGCGUGUGCGCCAGCAGCACGGAUGACUCGAAAUCACUUAAACUAUUCAACAAUGGUGCGCGAAAAGUGUUGCAACAAAUCAAUUUGCUCACCGGCGUCCUGCUCCAAUGCGAACCCGACCUACCCGACUGGAUGUGCGAAUCAUGCCAAUCGGAUCUGCAGAUCGCCAUAUCCUUUCGCGAUCGCUGCCUGAGCAGCCAAAAGAUCUUCGAGGAGUCGUUGGUCAGGAGCGGAGAAGCCACCUCCCGCUCCUCAGUUCGUCGCAGUGCCCGCUCCCAAAGGCAACGCCAUGAAGAGAUGGCUUCAAAUGGUCCACCCAGCCCCCUGGAGGUCAUGAUCAAGCUGGAGAACCUGAGCAAUGGCGACGAGGAGGACGACGGCAUCGACCAUCUGGACUCCUGCAAUGAAGCCGACAUGGAGUUGGCCAUCAAGGAGAUGUCCUCCUCUUCAGAAGAAGAUAGAAGCACCUCACCUGUCAGGGUGAAAAGAACGCGACGACGGGGACCCAAGAAGUCCGGGAAAAGUGAAAAGCGACCAAAGGUUACGCUCCCCGUCUUCUUUUGCGAUCAGUGCGGCAACAACAUCACUGGGAAGUCCUCCUUCGAGCGUCACCUGCGCAAGCACAGCGGAAUCAGACCUUUCCAGUGCGAGCUAUGCCCCGCCCGCUUCCUUUCGUCCGGCGAGCUGAAGGGUCACCAGGUGAUGCACACCGGGGCUCGCAAGUUCCAGUGCCGCUUUUGCGAUCGCACCUAUGUCAACUACAGCGGUCGCCAGCGUCACGAGCGAACCCACACUAAUGACCGACCCUUUGUUUGCGCCCAGUGCGGCAAGAGUUUCACCAACUCCUACAUACUGAAGAACCACAUGCUCAUACACACGGGCGAACGCCUCUUUAGAUGUGAGCUCUGUCACCGGUCCUUUGCCCGACCCACCCAUUUGAAGACUCACUACCGCUCCAAUACCCACAAGCAUAACCUGGAGAAAGCAAAGACGACGGAGUCAAGUGAAGCCCCGCCUGCGGAAAAAUUCGUGGCGGGAAAGCAGCUGGAAGCGGAGGCUGCUGCAUUUACGAUAGAAGUGCCUUUGCCCGCGGAGCAGGAGCAGGAUGAAUCUCUGGGUCUCGCAGCUCUGGGAACUCCCUCUCUUAUUUAUAGUACAAAUUAGAUAUCUAACGACCUAACACAACCUUUAAAAGCCAAAUAUAGUGUAAUUACAAUUUUAUUUAUAACUUAA